AUGGUUUCAAAAAGAAUUCUUAAGAUACAAGCUCACCAAAAAGAAUUCUAUGCGGCACGCCUUCGGCCGAUGGCCUCCCACCGCAUCGGCGCCCGCGUCGCGGGCCUCUCGCCCGCGCAGCUGUGCGCCAUCAUCGAGGCGCAGGCGGGCGCGAGCGACGCCGCGCUGCGCGUGGCGGAGGAGCACGCCGCACGGCUCGUGGAGCAGCCCGAGUGGGUGCUCUCCGAGGUCCUCCUCUCGCCGGACCUCGCCCCGCACAUCCUCGCCCAGCUGCCGACCAAGGCGCACGCCGUCAAGGGGACGAGACGCUGA